AUGGUUAUUACUGCAUCCGGAACAUGGACCGCUUCGAGGGGUGGAUCCGCGAGCGGAAGUCGACACUUUGCAAGCCUCCUCUUGAGCAAGACGGAGAAACACCCCUGCGACUUCCAUGUGUUCUGCAAUAACGGGUCAGGCUACACCAUCAGUAUCCACCCCGCGUGCAUUGCCUUCCUGCACGAGAUGAAGGUUCACUAUUCCAAAAUCGCUAUUUAUACCUCAAGCUCAGCCGAGUACGCGUCAAAAAUCUGCGACAAAAUCACGACCCGUUACUUACAGGCCUAUCCGGACAACAAAACCCUGUUCUUCAAAAUCCUGUCGGCCGACGAUUGCCCCAUAGAGGACCGGUUGCGCACAAAGGACAUGUUGUUGUUUGGAAGCUUAGAAGAUGUGGUGUUUGUCGACGACGACCCCUACUACUCGAUCAGGUCUCAGAACGAUAACGUGAUACACGUCCGUUGA